AUGGCUUCUCAGCAGGAUCUCCAAGACCUCCUGCGGCUUAUCACGGCGCGCAAAGUGCCAAUGAUGACUGCCAUGAGCCAGGUCAAAGCACUCCAGGCUGUGAACCUUCGCAGCAUUCAGCAAAUUGCAGAUGCCCUGCCGGACGUGGUUGAGGGUGCCCUCGGGGACUCCAAGACCGCCAGAUCUCUCCAGUCCGCCUGCAAGUCGCAUCUGAAGCGGCCAGGCAACAAGCGAGCUGGGGAUGCGCCAACCAGUAGACCCGAUCGAAAGCGGCCGAGAAAUGAUCCUGGUGCUAGCUCGAGCAUUGAGUCGGAGCAGCAGAGCACAGGCCAGGAAGAUGCUUUGGCAUUGCCCGUCAUUACCGAUGAAGAGGGCCUUGAGGGAGUGUCCAUCUACACCAAUCGUGCGCCGGUGAUGCUUGCUUUUGCCAUCGAGCUUUUGCGGUUCACCAUGCCUGAGCAGCCCCUCUCCAGUCGCCUCAGCCUAGCUCAGGCUGUUGUCAGUAUCAACUCCAGGUCCAAAGCCGCCAGUCUUGGGUUCAACGACAGUAUACCCGAAGGCGUGUCCUGGGGUGAGGGUCAGCCCAAAGUGACAGUCAUGGGCAGAAGUAUCACCGUUCUUAAACGGGGUGACUACCAUGCCCGCUCGGUACACGAGGUGGCAGUGCCAACCGCUAUUGCCACGGCCAAUGCGAGGUUGACAAUGAAUGCGCCAAGCCAGAUGAGCGUGGAUAAAUCUAUCACUGGGCCUUCCAGAUGGACUACAAGCACACAGGUGACGCUCAAGUCAUCGACGUUCGUCGCGCGAGUCUCGACCCUAGAACAACCCUCGCAAGUCUCUGGUAUUCUCCAUUCGUUACUCACAUCUGAGCCCAGCUUACAAACCGCAACUCACAAUGCAUGGGGUUACAGGCUAUACCAGGGUGAUCGAGACGGGGAUGGGAAUGGAGAUACCCGCGAAGGCUGCGAAGACGACGGCGAAACAGGAUGCGGGGAGUUCAUUCUACGUCUUAUGAGGGAGACAGAAGCGACUGGGGCUAUUGUGGUGCUGAGUCGCUGGUAUGGAGGUGAAAUGUUGGGACCCGACAGAUGGAGACUGAUGAGGACUUGUGUGAUCGAAGCGCUAUCGGACCGGUUGAGGCUAUCCCAGAGCUCUGCUGGACACGAUGGAGCCGCUGUAUGGGCUCUCGACCUUCAGCACUUAGCCAGCAACCCGGCUAGGAACAGCAACAGUUCCCAAGGCCACGAUGGCUGUGAUCGCAGCGUCGGGGUAGCAAUACACAGGCCUGAGUCGGCAAGAGCGUACCUCUUGAAAAGCUUCGCCUCCGGGCCUAGUUCGCAGGGGAAUAGCAAAGGUGGCAAGACCGGUUCCAAAUCAAGACUUGCAGCCAAGGAAGAGUCUGAAGCUGAACUGCGCCAGAACCUUGGGAAAUUACUAGGUGCCCUGAGGCUCCUCUUUGAAAGUUGGGCGCCCCAGAUAUCACCGCAAGAAAUGGACCGAAGAGCAUGGCAGUUCUACGUGCGAGUAAGACCCGACGUAGAAUUGGGGCCAUCAGGCUGGGGUGCAAAGGGCUGGCUCAACCUAAACUCCAUACUACAGCUACGUUACCAAGAAAAGUCGGAGAAGGCUUGA